GGACCAUGUGGGACCUGAAGGCCCUUCUGGUGUAAAACAGGCUGGUGAGAUGCCUGUGCUGCUCCCCCAAGCUCUGUCCUCCUCCAGGCAGUGGGGAGUGGGUCCUGGCACCAGGCAGCAGCUGGGGAGCAGUGGAUGCUCCAUGGGUGCCCAAAAGCAGCCAUCUCCUGCAGUAGCUCAGCUCUGCAGGCAGUUGUGAGCCCUGAUAAUGCUCUAUCAGCUGCAGGGCCAGGUGCAGGAUCCUUCCCCAGCAGUGGGGAGCAGGGAUGGAGGGACCGUGUGCACUGGGUGCCUGCAUGGAGUCCUUGGGAGGGUGCCCCAGUCCUCUCCCUCUCUCUCCUUUGCAGCAUCUCUGCCCUUUGUCAUCCUGACGCUGGUGAACUCCCCGUACAAACGAGGCUUCUACUGCAACGAUGACUCCAUCCGCUACCCCUACAAGGCAGACACCAUCACCCACGGCCUCAUGGCUGGGGUCACCAUCACCUGCACCGUUCUCAUUAUCUCUUCGGGGGAGGCAUACCUGGUCUACACAGAACGCCUCUACUCCAAGUCGGAGUACAACAACUACCUGGCUGCCCUCUACAAGGUGGUGGGGACCUUUCUUUUUGGGGGGGCCAUCAGCCAGUCCCUGACCGACCUGGCCAAAUACAUGAUCGGCCGCCUCCGGCCCAACUUCUUGGCAGUCUGCAACCCUGACUGGUCCAAGGUGAACUGCUCCAUCUAUGUGCAGCUGGAAAAUGUCUGCCGAGGGGAGAGCAGGAACGUCACUGAGUCCAGGCUGUCCUUCUACUCCGGGCACUCCUCCUUUGGGAUGUACUGCAUGAUGUUCCUGGCGCUCUAUGUGCAAGCCCGGCUGGUGGGGAAGUGGGCCCGGCUGCUGCGUCCCACCAUCCAGUUCUUCCUCCUCGCCUUCGCCAUCUACGUGGGCUACACGCGGGUCUCUGACUACAAGCACCACUGGAGCGAUGUGCUGGCCGGGCUGCUCCAGGGCGCGCUCAUCGCCAUCCUCAUCGUCCGCUACGUGUCUGACUUCUUCAAGCAGCGUCCACCCCGGCAGUGCGAUGAGAAGGACCCGGAGCGCAAACCCAGCCUGCCGCUAACCCUGAGCGACACCGACCGCAAUCACUACAGCUACGCGGGCGCCCCGUGAGCUGCACACGGGGCCUGGACUGUGGGAGUGGAGGGGUGGGGGGGGAAAAUAUGGAGCCUGGUGCCCACCAAUGGCUUCAUCGCACUGCGCCGCAGCCCUGCCCUUCCCCGAUCCUGGCAGCGCCACGGCUUUGGGAUCUGUGGGGUAGGGGGAGGUCUUUGGCCUGGUCUUGGGCCUGGGCUGGGGUCUACGGGGCAGGGGGAGGCCUUAGGCCUGGACUGGGGUCUGCAGGGCCUGGGAGCAGGGCAGGGGGAGGCCUUGGACCUACACCAGCACUGUGAGGCCUAGCCCAGCGCUCCGAGGCCUACACUGAAGCCUAUUCCUGCACCUUAAGGCCUAUCCCGGGGCCUAUCCUUAAGCCUAUCCCUGCACCCUGAGGCCUAUCCCAAGGCCUAUUCCCACACCUUAAGGCCUGUCCUGAGGCCUAUCCCUGCACUCCCAGGCCUAUCCCGAGGCCUAUCCCGGGGCCUACCCUGCACUCCCAGGCCUAUCCCAAGGCCUAUUCCCACACCUUAGGGCCUAUUCCAAGGCCUAUCCCUGCACCCUGAGGCCUAUCCCAAGGCCUAUUCCCACACCUUAAGGCCUAUCCCAAGGCCUAUCUCGAGGCCUAUCCCUGCACUCCCAGGCCUAUCCUGAGGCCUAUCCCUGUGCUCCAUGCCUUAUCCCUAUCAAACACUACCGCCUUAGGAGCACAACCCCUCACAGCACAACACGAGGAGAGCAGCCUGCUGGGCAAGCACUGCUUUUUUUUUUUUUUUGGUAAAGGAUUGAAGCAGCCCAGAGCUCAGCUGUGUUCCCUGAUGAGCUCUAACAGCCGUUUGGUGCAGCACGGGGCUGCUCCAGUCCUUUGGGCGCUGUGGCUUCAGUGUGUCCUCUAUGGGGUAGUUGGGGCAGGGAGAAAUCUUCUGUGGUAAAGGGGGUGGGGGUGGGGAAAGGGACGUGGAGCUGCACAUGGGGCUCUUAUCACUGGGGGAAGGUGGGAAAUGGGCCGCAUCCGUCCUGGCUCUGAGCUGCAGCCACCUCUGGCAUGGGUGAGCUGUGGGCCCGGAGAGAAGCGACAUGCGUUUGCAUGAUGUGUUUUUGUAAAAAUGUGUUUUUUAAAUUAGAUCAUCGAGAAAGAA